GGUUUUUGAGAAUAAAAGUUAAUUUAUUCAGUAGUAGUACAUCCUAUAGAGGGUGGUGUACAUUACUAUGCCAUUUCUUCCGUGAGUCAGAUCAAGGAAUCAAAUAAAUGCAAGUCAAUCAGGUCAUCAUUCCCAAAGGAACCCACUGCCCUCAGUUGUAGGCUUGGGUCUGAAUGGCAUUUCAAGUGACCAACAAAGUUUCUUCUACAUAGUUGUUGAAGAAGUCUUUUACCCACUUUUCUGGAUUCUAGAAAUCAAAUCUGUGACUGACUACAUAAAGAAUUCAGUUACUUUGGUGAGCCAGGAAAAAGAAUUGACUGGUACCAGAACAAGAAAACAGUAGUACUAGGAUAAAAUAUUUACUUUUGGGUUCUGAAUCUGGCAGCUCCAUAGCUACUUUUGUUUUGGCAUUGGUCAUAGAAUUCCUUCACAAGAACUUCUUAGCUUUCACCAAAUCAUCAGAGCAAGAUCAAUUUUUAGAGGGAUCUUCAACUGUUUUGUCCUAGCAACAAUAGAAUCAGCACCAGCAUCAUCAGCACCAGCAUCAUUCACCAGCAUCAUUCACCAGCAUCAUCACAAGAAAAGAACAAGAACAAGAACAAGGAGAGCUCUCAUUUGAUGCUAAUUGAUGAUGAACAAAGAAAAAGAACAACUCAUGCAGCAGCAGAGCAACACUUCCAAUCAGACUUGCAAGGCUUUUGAACUUCAUACAUAUACUCCUCCUCAUACAGUUGCUGAGUAAGUAUUUCUUGCUGUUUCCUGCUACUGUUCAAAGUUCCUGGCAGUGGUACUAUCCACUACUAGUAGCUACUAGUAGUAGUAGUAGCUACUACUACUACUACUACUACUACUACUACUACUACUACCAACCCCACUAGUAGUAGUAGCACUACUACUGGUGGCUAACAAUAUACUACCCUUCAACAUCCAUUUUUUAGUAAGAAACCAGUUCAGUCCCUACUAGUUAAAAUCUGAAUUAGUGCCCAUCCUUCAUCUUCUUAACCUCUAGUACUCUUUUCUAGUAGUAACAAGAAGAAUAUGAUGUUGUUGUUUUCUUUUUUGAAAAGGUAUACCAACAAGAAAAAAGUCUAAUAAUCAUGUCUCCCACUAGUAGGCCUCCCUAAAAAGCUUUUGUGGGGGAGCAACCAGGUUCUACCAUGGAUACUGCUGACAAGCCAACUCUUGAGGCCUGGGACUGGACUGACAGUUUGGAUGGAUGAGAGCUAAGCCAUUAUCAUUUCAAAGUGCACUGCCAAGCCAGAAGGCAAGUCCCUUGCCUGCAGUGAUCAAGGAAACAGGUGCUAAGCACACCACCACUGCAAAGCAAAUUAAAGCAAAAUCUCCUGCAGUGUGCAAAGAAGCAGAUGGAGAAGAAGUAGUCCUAGUAAAGCAGAAAAAUUAUAUAAAUCAAAGCCAAGAAAAGAAAAAUAAUGCUAAUAGAUAAUUAUUGCAAUGGAGGUAGAAGUGCCAAUGGUGGCAGUAUUGCUGCAGGAGCAACUGUCCAUGAAGCCCCUUCUUGGAGAAGGAGUCACAGACAAGAGCAGGACUGGUGCUGGGGAUAGAUCAAAAAGAUCUAGAGUGGGCUCUGGGUGGGUGUUGUUGCUGUCCAACUUGAAUGAAGGAAACAACAACAUUGUGACUGUAAUACACUGCUUCUGUUUAGGAAAAGGAGCUGUGCUAUGUAGCUGCUGGGGAAUCCUCUUUCAAGUGAGUAGCAUUUACUACUAGUAGUAUAUACUCCGAUCAGUGUUCUAUCAAAGAGUGCUGGUCUGGGGUGGAUAUUGGGGGUUGGGUUGUUGUUGGUGUUGAUAUCUGGUAGUACUACAAAUGUCAAACACCAACAUUGUGACCUAAGAACUGGGAUAUUGUUUUCAGACAUGUAUGUUGGAAACAAUUGUGGCUGAAAAGAUCAUCUUGGUUGAAUACUGCUAGGAACUGGGGUUGUUGUUGUUGUUGUUGUUGUUGUUGUUGACAAAUAUUGGAAACAACAACAUCAUGACUGGAAUCUUCUUCCAGUCCACAAGAACUUGGACAUGUAGCUGAGGCUGGUGAAUCUUCAAACUGAGAAUGUAGUAGCACAAAGUUUAGGUGUUUUUCUUCAAAGGAAAGAUCUUGGUUGAAUACUACUAGGGACUGGGGUUGCAAAUGUUGGAAACAACAACAUCCUGCUGACCAGACAAAUCAUCUGGUUUGUAGGCUGGUAAUUGUUAGAGUUUCUGUCCAUCACUAGUACCAAGAGGCACAACGCAUAUGCUUCUCAGCACUGGAGUAGUAGAAGAAAACAAUACUCAAUGCACAGCUUUUAGAUUUUUGUUAACCCAAAUUGGUAUUUGAUAGCACAGAUGUCAGUUCUUCAGCACCAUUUGUUUUGCCAUUUUGGCACCCAGCCAUUCUAUCCCACGGAAUCCUCAGAACAAGAAACUAGCUACUAUUAGUGUGAUUCCAGUAGCAUAUGAAUCUAUAGCACAAGCACCCCCUUCCAAUAUGAUAUAACAACUAGUAGUACUUUGAAGUAAUAGUACUGUAACAAAUAAUUGGUCAAAUGGCUGGAAAAGAGAACUAUUCAAGAAAAUAUUGGUGUGAGACUGGAUUUUGCACUAUUUUGGCAAUUCUGGUGACCCCAAGUAAUCUACCCCACAGAAUCCUCAAAACAUACAAGAAUUUUCCAUCAGCAGGGAGGUGGAUUUUCCCCUUCUUUGGAAGGAGAUGUCAUCACGGAUGCCAGUAGAACAAGGUGCUGCUGGUCAGGUAGUUUGUACUACUGUAUUUAGGGAUCAGUAGGAAAUCUUGGUGAUAAUUUCCAGAGCCAAAGUUUAAGUUUGUGUACUUGGAAUUUUUUUAAAAAUUAUGACGGUAAAGAAACAGCAAGAGGAGCACAACACCAACAAGACAAGAACACCAGCACCAGUGCAACCAGCAAGAAGAAGCAAGAAUAAGGGCAAUCCAACACUAGCAGUACUUGCACUAUACUAGGAGUAGUAAUACUAGUAUUCUACUAGUACUAGUACUAAUAGUACUAUUUCAUCCUCACUCCUCGUCAUAUCAAAUAAACAGCAACUGGUGGAAUGCUUACUACUAGUACUAAGAAAAUUUUAAGGGAAAAAUUCCUUCAGCAGCUACUACAGCUGCAACAGCAGCAAAUAAUUGUGUUUCUUUUUACUGCGUCAAAGUUGAAUAGUUUUACACUUCUUGUUCGUAUUACUAGUAUGCAGCAGCAGCAACAAAAAAAUACUAACAAUAACAAUGGCAAUGGAAAAAUAUACAAGUACCCGAAGUACUUCUUUUACUUCUACUUCAAUAGGAGGUAUUUUAGAAUUUCAGACACGUCGAAUACGACUUCUUUCUCGUGCACUGUAGCUGCGCCACUGUGCCAAGUCACGUCAAGUCAAGUCACUUCCCGGUGCGGUACAAUUGCUCUUUCUGAUACAGCAUGAUAUUCGCCAAAACUUGAUCAUAUGCCUCCUUCAUAAAGCUGUGCCUGUGGACGGAUUUCGGCCACAUUUUCUGCAUUAGUUGCCUUUUUCCGAAUUAAUGGAACUGAACCUCAAUCAUUCGUUGCUUUCGAUAGUGUGUAUGUAUUAUUGUCAAUUAUGCAAUCUUUCCUUUGUACUUCCAUUGGACACUUAGGGCAAUCCCCAAAAAUAUGAAAAAAUAACUAUUCUCGUUUACAAGCUGAGGAACAAUUACGUUUACUACCUUGGAUUGCUUUGUACCUGAUAAAUAUUCACUUCAAUCCAUCAAUAUUCGACCAUUACAAGAGACGCCAUUAUUAUUCGACAACAAACAACACACCUAGCAGUUUAGCUCCGCGUCAAUUUCAUUUGAAUGAUGCCUAAUGACGAGAAUGAAAUGCAAACAGAAGUUUGGUGUUUUAGAGAGGACGACAUUUUUGUCAACGUAGAUGACGGGAAUGGGGACGAGGACGAGGACGCGGACGAGGAGGAAGAAGGAAACGAAAACGACGCAACCUGCCAUGAUAUCAUUGUACCGAGGAACUUUUUAUGCAUGGAUGCCUUAGGGCUCACGAAUGAAAUCGACGACGAAGUAUUGUCGUUUUUGUAUGACUUUGACACGACGACCGGAUUGCUCCAAGAUGAAGAAGAGGUGAAGGAAGAAGAAGGUAUCGAACAGAAAGAGGAAAAAGAACAGGAAAGGGAGGAGGAGGAGGAACCAACAAAAGCAUUGAAUCAUGACAAACAAAUUAUAUCGUUUGACGCAUCUUCGUCAUCCCUUGUUAUGAAACCCGAGAGGGACGCCUCUUAUACUCCUAUCCCAGAGACCCAUACUCAGAGAACUCAGAGAAGGGGAGGACUAAGAUCACGCCUGCGACUGCUGAGACUGGGAAGAAUCGGGCGAAAAAAUUCCAAAAAGGAAUCAACUACUUCAGCGGUGGUAGAUUGUUCGUGUUCAGCAAUUAGCUCUAUAAGUGGCGCCAGCGCAUCGCCCAAUGAGUUGAAUCCGACUGAAGAAGAAGAAGAACCUGAGACCACCGCAUUAGAGGAGAAACAACAAAGCAUCAACAACAGCAAGAAAAUCGAAUGCAACGCGACCCAUGACGAUACCGAUGACGACAAUAGUAAACACUCUCCAAUUCCGCUGGUGCUAUCUGGAAGCAGCUUUGGUGGAAUUUUCUUCGACCGAAAAGAAAACAUAGAGUAUGAUUUUGAUGACGAUGCGACCGAGAUCCAAAGCAAUGUUUCCUCCAAGAACAGGUGCAGAUCUCAUACUACCAAAUCGGAACAGUUUAGUCAUUUUACUUACAACGAAAAGUCCGACACGAGUUAUACUGAUAGUGGUAGUUACAGCGAUGACACCCGAGAUAGCGCCAGUUUCUCGGCAAGUAACAAGAGUCAUUCAAAUAGGAAUCUGAUUCUUUCGAGCGCAAACAAUGCCAAAAACGACAAUAAUGGUGAGUUAUUGAGAACGACGACCAAAGUAAAUUCUUUCUUUCGCAAUGGGGUUUGGAGCAAGAAAAGUAAGAGCAUUAGCUUCAGUUUGAAGAGCAAUAUUUCAGGACGAAAGUCUACGUCAUCUGAAUUCAAAACGGAAGGAAAUGACGACGAGUCAUCAAAGGCUUCCACUGCUCAGGAACUGUGGCAAGCACGAAACGAGGUGCGGCGAAUCAAACAACAGAAACAGAAGCACACCAAAUACAAACGUACAAUUACACCAACUCUUGUUCACGCUGGGAAUAAUAGCCAGCAAUUUAAUUGCGACGACGAUCCGAUAACUGAGGCAUCACCACUGGAGCCGGUCGUUAACACAAGAAAGGAGGAAAAUCCUGUCGACGUUGCCGCGCUGCUUCUCAAUCAGCACAAGGUAAAAAUUGCUCGGUGGAAGUCGGAACAACUAAUGAAGAGAGCAGUGGCGAAACUUACUGAUUCGGCGGACGAGAUGAUCGAAACUGUAUUGUUAGUUGGCUUUGACCACGAAGAUUCAUACGCCAUACAGUUAAAAUCUGUUCCGUUGUAGUUGGACUUUCGACGAAAAAAGUGCAGAUGUAGAAACAGAAGAAUAAUAUUUUUUACCCGUG